AUGGGGGAAAGGUCCUCACCGGCUGCCCGCACACCUGCGAAAACCCCCUCGACGCUCAAGCGCCAACCAUCUUCGUCUGCCGGAACCCAAAAGACCAUAGUCCAGUUCUUUUCCAAGUCUGCAAAUGCCUCGCGCUCUACCCCCAAGCCCGUGGCUUCGGCCCCCGAUUCGUCCCCGUGCUUAAGGGAGUCGACCCGGAUAAACACCCUUCCUAGAGCCUGCCAACCUUCGAGCACGACCUCCGUGUUGAGCAGCGAUGCCAUUGAGCCCGCGAGCUCUCAGGAGAACAUGGCCGGAAAGACUCUCAGUGGACCGCCUCUGCCCUCCAGUCCGACUCGAAAGUCGAAGAAGCGAGUCAACUACGCCGAGCCUUCCGACGAUGAGGACGAUGAUCCUUUCGUCCGUCUCCGAGCAUCAAGCACCCGACGACGUACCAAGGCACCGGCUGCCAUUGUCGACGACGGCGACGACUAUGAAGACGUAGGGAGCAAUGGUGCUGCCGAUGAGGACGACGGUUGGUACCCUUCUUCAAGCCUCUCGAGACGAAGUCUAAUACUCCAUGCAGACAUGCUCGAUUUCAUCAUCAGCGACGAGUCGGAUGCACCUUCGCAGCCGAAGAAGCGCAAACGUCGUGAACCGGCAAAGGCAGCGCAGUCCCGAAAGAAAUCGAACGUCUCGUCUCCAAUCAAGGAAGAGCAGUAUGACGACGACGAACUUGAUGAGGCCAUGCAAGACAUUCCAAACACCUCGACAGCCCAACAGUGGCGCUACGACCCGGACAACACUGCUCCAGCCGCAUCUCGAACCGCCAUUGCCCCGACUAUCCGUCGACUUACCGAGCCCAAGGCCAAGGAGAAAGCGCACGUGAGGGAGCCAGAGGAUCGAUAUCCUUGGCUUGCUAACAUCGUUGACAUCAACAAGAAACCCCCGGGCGACCCAGACCACGAUCCAUCCACUGUCUACAUCCCGCCCAUGGCGUGGAACAAAUUCUCUCCUUUCGAGAAGCAGUACUGGGAGAUCAAGCAAAAGCUUUGGGACACCGUCGUGUUCUUCAAGAAGGGCAAGUUCUAUGAGCUUUACGAGAAUGAUGCCACCAUUGGACAUCAACUCUUCGACUUGAAGCUCACUGAUCGUGUCAACAUGCGUAUGGUUGGUGUUCCGGAGAGCUCUCUCGACAUGUGGGUGAACCAGUUCGUCGCCAAGGGUUACAAAGUCGCCCGGGUUGACCAGAUGGAGUCCGCGCUUGGCAAAGAAAUGAGAGAGAGGGAUGACACAGCGGCCAAAAGCAAGAAGGCAGACAAAAUCAUUCGCCGUGAGUUGGCCUGCAUCCUGACCGGUGGCACUCUUGUCGACGGGAGCAUGCUGCAGGACGACUUGGCUACGUACUGUGCCUCCAUCAAGGAAUCGACCAUCGACGGCAAGCCCGCAUUCGGUAUCACAUUUGUGGACUGCGCAACUGGCCAAUUUUUUAUCUCGGAGUUCGAGGAUGAUGUUGAUUUGACGAAAUUUGAGACUUUUGUCGCCCAGACCAGUCCGAGAGAGUUGAUCUUGGAAAAGUCCCGUAUCUCGAUAAAGGCACUUCGGAUCCUCAAGAACAACACGUCGCCCAUGACCAUCUGGAACUACCUCAAGUCGGGCAGCGAGUUUUGGGACGCAGACAUGAGUCGCCGGGAGCUAGACACCAGCGGUUAUUUUGUCAAAGACGAUGGCGGCGCGGAAGCCUGGCCCCAUGCACUGGCUCAAGCCAGAGACAAGAAUUUGCUCAUGGCUGCUCUUGGGGCUCUGGUUCAGUACCUCAGAAUGUUGAAAUUGGAGACCGAUCUCUUAUCUCAAGGUAACUUCGAAUGGUACACUCCCAUCCGGCGCAACGGUACACUUGUCCUGGACGGCCAGACUCUCAUCAACUUGGAGGUUUUCUCCAACACUGUGAAUGGCGGGCCCGAAGGCACGCUGUUCGCUCUUCUCAAUCGAUGCGUUACUCCCUUCGGCAAACGGCUGUUCCGCCAGUGGGUGUGCCAUCCUCUAUGCGACAUCAUGAGAAUCAAUGAGCGUCUGGAUGCGGUUGAUAUGCUCAACACCGACAGAGGCGUACGAGAGCAGUUUACGUCCCAGAUGACCAAGAUGCCGGAUCUGGAACGCCUCAUCUCUAGGAUACACGCUGCCUCGUGCAAGCCAGAAGACUUCGUGCGCGUUCUGGAAGGGUUCGAACAGAUUGAGUACACCAUGGGUCUUCUGGGUUCGUUUGGUGGCGGCAAUGGUCUUGUUGACCGACUUCUGUCUUCCAUGCCUAAUCUUAACGAUCCCUUGUCUUACUGGAAGACUGCUUUCGAUCGCAAGAAGGCCAAGGAUGAGAAGAUACUUAUCCCUCAACGGGGCAUAGAGGAAGAUUUCGACAACAGCCAAGACCGCAUCGAAGAGAUCAAGCAGGAGCUGCAGGCGGUUCUUGGAAGGAAGAAAGCCGAGUUGAAGUGCAAGACACUCAAGUUUACCGACGUGGGCAAGGAGAUCUACCAGGUCGAGGCCCCUAAGUCCGUCAAGGUGCCGAGCAACUGGCGGCAAAUGUCGGCAACUUCGAGUGUCAAGCGGUAUUACUUUGAAGAACUCACAGACUUGGUGCGCGAACUGCAAGAAGCGGAAGAAACUCACUCACAAAUCGUGAAGGAGGUCGCCGCACGAUUCUUCCGGCGAUUCGAUGCCGACUACGAGACGUGGUCGCAGUCCAUAAGGAUCAUAUCACAGCUUGACUGUCUCAUUAGUCUUGCCAAGGCGUCAUCGUCACUGGGUGAACCAAGCUGCCGCCCCCAUUUCGUCGAUCAAGAACGCAGUGUUGUCGAGUUCGAGGAGCUGCGCCAUCCCUGUAUGCUGAACGCAGUCGCUGAUUUCAUCCCCAACAAUGUCCAGCUCGGUGGCGGCUCUGCGAAGAUCAAUCUGCUGACGGGUGCCAAUGCCGCGGGCAAGUCAACCGUAUUACGAAUGUCUUGCAUUGCCGUCAUUAUGGCACAGAUUGGGUGCUAUAUUCCAGCAACAUCCGCCCGCCUCACCCCCGUCGACCGAAUCAUGUCACGAUUAGGAGCAAAUGACAACAUUUUCGCGUCUCAAUCAACCUUUUUUGUGGAGUUAUCGGAAACAAAGAAGAUCUUAUCAGAGGCCACGCCUCGAUCAUUGGUCAUCCUGGAUGAGUUGGGGCGUGGAACCAGCUCUUAUGAUGGCGUAGCCGUGGCGCAAGCUGUUUUGCAUCACAUUGCGACACACGUGGGUUGUGUAGGUUUCUUUGCCACCCACUAUCACUCGCUCGCAACAGAAUUCGAGAACCACCCGGAGGUUCAACCGCGCCGCAUGCAAAUCCACGUCGACGAGGAGCAACGGCGUGUCACAUUCCUUUACAGACUGGAGGAUGGUGUUGCCGAGGGCAGCUUCGGAAUGCACUGCGCAGCUAUGUGCGGCAUCUCCAGCCGUGUUAUUGAGCGUGCCGAGGUAGCAGCAAGGGAAUGGGAACACACGAGCAGGCUCAAGGAGAGCUUAGAGAAGGCUAAAUCGGGCUGUUAUAUCCCGCUUGGCAUUCUAAGCGACGUGUCGUCUCUACUUCAAGGUAGUGAUAUAGUAGGGAAAGAGGGCGUUAAAGUGUUACUUCAGGCUGUAGAGACGCUUUAG